GCUGCCAUACCCCUUAGAUUAGGGGUUCUCAACCAGGGGUACGCCAAGGGUUAUGCGGGGGUAAGGCAAUUCGCUGACAAAUACUGGUCAUACAUUGGCCAGUGUUUGUCAGCGCAUAGUGGGGAUCGCCGCGGAAGCUCACUAUAUUGUACCUGUAGCCGCGGUCACUUUACGUGAGCUGAAGUGGCUGCUGGGCCUGACGUGUGAUGUCCCUAACGUUGCGUGGAGGUGCCGGAACAGUGCAGAAUGACAUCACCCGCCAGUGCGGCCCUCCGACUCCUGCCGAACGGGAUAGACACAGGCCUGGCUUUGUGUUCGGCAUCUACAUUGAGUGGAGCCAUGCAUUAAAAUUCCCAGAUACCGUUACAUUUGAAGUCAUGGGGGACAUGAAGACUCCAGACUUUGAUGACCUUCUUGCUGCUUUUGAUAUCCCUGAUGCCACAAGUUUAGAUGCCAAGGAAGCUAUUCAGGCUACAAGUGAUGAGCAAGAAAACCAUCUGAAACCAUCUGGAAUGUGUUUGGAUGAAAAUCUGUCUUUGGGUCAGUCAUUACCUGCCCCUGACGUUCCAGCAGUUAGUGUUAUUGUGAAAAACACCAGCCGUCAGGAGUCAUUUGAAGCGUCUGAGAAGGAAGGAAAUCAUAUGGGUCCCACUUUACUACAGAAUGGAUUUUGUGGCCCCGAAGUGGGCACUGAUCCCCAUGCUGUUGGAUCAGGCUAUGGGAAAUUUGAACCAGGGUUUAUCAAUGGGGACAACUCACGCGAUUACUCAGAAAAGAUGGAGUCGCACAAGGCAGAACCUUUGCCAACUUUUAGCCAAUUUAGCCCUAUUUCUAGCCCAGAGCCAGAAGAUUCUAAAGAUAAUGGGGUCCUGAGCAAGAAAGCAGUGGAGUCUCCAUAUUUCCCACAGCCGUCCAUGUAUGUUCCUGAAGAAGGAUGCAUGGUAGAUUCUCUAAGAAAAUCUUCAGAACCAGAGCUAAGCAUGUUUGAUGAAUACUGUAAAAAGGAGCAGAAAACAGACUGUGUGGAAGCAGAGAAGGAUAGAUCUGAGAAACCCCGAGGUAUAGACAAAAACAGCAGUUUUCUUGGGCCUUCCUUGGCUUUUAGGGAUGCUCAGGACAACAGCAAUUCUCAGGAGAAAGCAUUGUCAGGGGCAGGGGAUCCUUUUGCUAAUGCAGCUGGUACAUCAACUUUGUGUUCCUCCUCCGUGCCACCUCGGCAGCGUAUUAAACCUGCACAUUCAAAAUUAUCAUCUUGUGUAGCUGCAUUGGUGGCCUUGCAGGCCAAAAAAGUUGCUGUGGUCCCUAAGGAGGAAUCUUCAAAUAUUUCUAAAGAAGUUAAUGUCCCUUUAAAAGAAAGUAUUAAAGGAAGUCCGAAAAUGCCAAAGUCUCCUAAAAGUCCAAGGAGUCCUCUGGAGGUGGUAAAGAAGAUUAUUAAAAACCCUGACAGCCCCAUGAGUGUCUGCAGUGACACCAGUAGUAAGGACUCGCCCUCGGUUUGUGCCGGUUCUCCUCCUGCAAUUCCCAAGGUGAGGAUAAAAACUAUAAAAACGUCAUCAGGUGAGAUCAAAAGGACUGUAACCAGGAUUUUGCCUGAGCUUGAACCAGAUGAUUUGGUAAAAUCUCCAGAGGAACUUUUAGGGGAAAAUUCAUCUGGGGAGGAUGUUAAACCUCCUGUGCCCUUGGAAGAAGUAACAGAAACAGAAAAGGAUAAAACUAAGAACUCUACAAAAAGUGCAACCACAACUAGCGUCCAAGGACAAAAUGCUGCUAGCACUCAAGUGUCCAAUUCUAAAGGGGAAAAAAAGAAAGGAGUGCAAGGUUCAGGUCUGCACAAUCCUGGCAGUGGCUCAGUGAAGUCCUCCAAUAGCUCUCAGAACAAGAAGCAGUCGACAGCUUCCACCAAAACUGCAUCGAACUCUACCACCUUGCUCCCCAAAGCUGUUCACCUUGCCAACCUCAAUUUGGUCCCUAACAGUGUCACUUCUACUGUUGCAGUGAAGACUACAACAGUAAGGCAGACCCAAGGAACGCCUAUGGCAGUGCCACUGGUACACCAAGUUAAAAUGGCAGCUCCUGUUAUUGUGGAUGCUUUCAAUAAACUUCUGCAUAGUGCUAAUCCUGUCCCAACAUAUACUCCAAAUUUAAAUCCCCCUCCUGAUAGCAAUAUUACACUGCCACCUACAGGUUACACCUGCCUGGAGUGUGGAGAUUCUUUUGCCUUGGAAAAGAGCCUUGCCCAGCAUCAUAGUAGACGAAGUAUCCAUAUUGAAGUCAUGUGCACUCAGUGCACUAAAACGGUUCAGUUCUACAACAAAUGCAGUUUGCUGGGUCAUGCCAGGGAACACAAGAGCAAAGGACUGAUCAUGCAGUGUUCGCAGCUCAUGAUGAAGCCCAUUUCUGCAGAACAGAUGCUAUCCCCUCCUCCUUUAGUUGCCUCUGCCCUGGCACUUCAGCCUUCAUCUUCCAACCAACGAACAGUAGCACCAACAAGUUCCCUUGGAGUGUGGUCUGGGACUUCCUCUUAUGCCCCACCAGCUAUGCCACUUUAUUCAGAUCCAUAUGGACUUAUACGACAUGGGUUCAAGUGUUUGGAGUGUAGCAAACAGGUUGAGGACUAUACUUGUCUAGCAGGACAUUAUCAGAGGGUGGCAGAGGAAAAAGAUGGACUUACCUGCCAGGUAUGCCAAAUGAUGCUCCCUAAUAAAUGUAGUUAUGGGGCUCACCAGCGCAUUCACACUCACAAGUCUCCAUACUGCUGCCCAGAAUGUGGCGUCCUUUGCAGGUCUGCGUAUUUCCAAACCCAUGUUAAAGAGAACUGCCUGCACUAUACUCGCAAAGUGGCAUUCCGGUGCAUUCACUGUGGGGUGGUGUUUAUGUCACUGGGUUUGCUGAAAGUUCAUAUCCAGGACAAACAUUGUGAGGUGUUCCACAAGUGCUCCUUCUGCCCAAUGGCCUUCAAGAGCACAGACAGUACGGCUGCUCAUAUCACUGCCCAGCAUCCCACUGCAAGCCACAAGAAUGCACAAAUAAUCUAUAAAUGUUCGUGUGAGACUGUCUUCAAUAAGAAGAGACUUUUACACCAGCAUUUCUACCAGAAUACAAACAGUUUGCUAGUCAGUGUCUUCAAGUGUCCAGAUUGCCAGCUAGCAUACAUGCAGAAACAGCUACUGGUACAGCAUCUUAAGAGUGUCCAUGGCAUUCCUAAAUCCUCAGAAGAUUCCUCAAGCACUCAGAAAAAGUCAGAUACCACUUCAGAGAAAAAUGAUGACUCUACAUCAGCGUCAAAGACCUCUACCAACACUUCUUCUACCAACAAGAAAGACAGUGAGUCUUCAGAAUCACAACACAAGCAGAAACUAGCUGGCUACACAUGUGCAGAGUGCUCCGAGUGGAUUCCCCAUAGGGAGACCUAUGUCUUCCACAUGAAGAAAAGUCAUGGCAGGAACAUGAAGAGGUACCCGUGCCGGCAAUGUGAGCGUUCCUUCAACUCUACAACCAGCUUACGACGACAUGCUAGAAAUAACCAUGAUACAAAAAAGGAGUACGCCUGUUGCUAUUGUGCCGAGAAGCCUAUUUUUGCCAAGCCGUCCAUGCUGGCCAAUCACAUCAUUUUAAUGCACGGCAUCAAAAACCCUGAACUUCCUCAGCUGCCCUCUUCAAAGAUAACAAACUCACCUGCAGAACGUGGAAAUAAAGAGCAGACUGCUGGUCCAAAGAAAGCUGUAAAAAAGGAACAUGAGGACUCAAAUACAAAGGAUGGGCCAGAUGCGAAGAAGCUGAAGGCAGCGUAUAAAUGUGCAAAGUGUGGCUUUACUGCAGACAACAGUAAAGAAUUUCUAGAGCACAUACCUCAGCACAAGAGUGACAACUCAACGUGCCAGUGUGUGCACUGCGGCUUGUGUUACACUUCCCAAAUAUCACUCAACAGACACCUCUUUAUUGUGCACAAGGUCAAGGAUGAAGACGAAGAUGAGGAGAGCCAAGAAAACCCUAACAAAGAAAAACAGGUUCCAAGUUCAAAGUUGGAAAAGUCGUGGGAGUGUGCCCAAUGUAAUCUAACCUUUGAUCUUCAGAGUGCGCAUGCUGCUCACAUACGGACUCACAAAGAGAUCCCCGAUACCAGACAGAAAGCAGGAUCCCCGAAAGCGUAAUUAAUAUUGGACUUCAAGAGAACAUGUGUGAAGCAAAAGCAUAUGUUAAUGACUAAAAAGAGAGAGAUUAAAAUAUUUUUACUGAGAAACUGAGAGGGAUGUUCAUUUAAAUUAAAAAAUCCUAGUAACUAAGAGUUAAGGUACUGUAUUUGUUUAUGUGUACUGUUAAGCAUUCAUUUAGGACAUGUCUGGCCUUUUACAUUGACCGGCAAGGCCCAGCAAUAUGAGGGGGACAGCAGAAAGACAAAAAGGGAAAGUGAGAAAUGUGAGUUGUUUUUUUUUUUUUUUUUUCCCCAGUCCUUUAACAGAGCAUUUGCUCAUCUGUACCCCAGGAUCGCAGUAUUCAUCAUCAGGUUAGACUCAGUCUGUCUUUUUAGAGAGACUUGUACAUUUGUGAAAACAAAAGGUAAAUGAUUCUUUUCAGUUUUUCUCUUGUUUGUUUCUUCCCCAUUGUGGUCAGAUUUUAUCUACUUAAAUGAUGCAGCAUAGGGUAUGUACAUAUAAGGAAGAAAAUAUUUAACUGUGCUGUCAUAUGUAAACUAACAAAAGAACCUAAAAGACCACAGCAACCAGACGAGCUAUGGGAGGAUAGUAGAAGGUCCUUCUUAGAAAAUAUGUGCACACAAAUAGGAGGGAAUGUUGUUUGAGUACUGUGCAGAAGACCCGUGGCCUCUAUAGACCUGUGGGUUUUACCAUAAACUAACAAUUCUGGAACAUCUUUGCUUUGUGUUGUGCUGUUCAUCUGUUAUUCCUUUUGUCAAUGUAUUAAUUGAUUGACAACUGGGCAGAAGUUAUGGUAAAGUACAGUUGCCAAUUUAUUCAUACGUUCUGCAGGAGGAAUGGUACUGCACCAAAUUUAGACCAAGAUGCCCCAGAUUGUUAUUUAUUCAGUAGUUACUAGAACAUAAAUGUCAGGAGAGCUGACCGGUCUUUAUUUGCUACACCCUAAAUGGACGCUGUCAGAUUCAAAAACUUUUAUAUAUUGUACAUCUUGGCAAAACAUUAACCUUUCUAAUAUACUUCAUAAGAA